GUGGGAGUCAAUCACAGGGCAGUGCAGCGCAGCAACGAUGCGGACGUCCAUGAACCCGUUCCUAUUUUUAAUACAGGUGCUUGCCUGGAGUGUCGACCCGGUGUCGCAACGCUGCCCUCGGCCUGAGCCAGCGUCUACCAGCAUUACCUGUUCAGCGAGAACAUCCUUGGUCACCAACUCAAGCUUCAACCAUUUCGAGCCCGUCACCGAUUCCUGGUCUACGACGGCAGACUUUGUUCCUCGGGCGGAAUGGGAUGCUCCACCAUCAUCGACAUCAACUACAUCCUGGAUCCGCCCCCCAAGGCUUGUUAUCGUCAGUGGGCAGUGCAGCGCAGCAACGAUGCGGACGUCCAUGAACCCGUUCCUAUUUUUAAUACAGGUGCUUGCCUGGAGUGUCGACCCGGUGUCGCAACGCUGCCCUCGGCCUGAGCCAGCGUCUACCAGCAUUACCUGUUCAGCGAGAACAUCUUUGGUCACCAACUCAAGCUUCAACCAUUUCGAGCCCGUCACCGAUUCCUGGUCUACGACGGCAGACUUUGUUCCUCGGGCGGAAUGGGAUGCUCCACCAUCAUCGACAUCAACUACAUCCUGGAUCCGCCCCCCAAGGCUUGUUAUCGUCAGUGGGCAGUGCAGCGCAGCAACGAUGCGGACGUCCAUGAACCCGUUCCUAUUUUUAAUACAGGUUGGUAAACCUUUUCUGGUAUCCACGCUCAAGAGCAAUUACCUGUGUCUUGCUGUGCUGCCCUGCCCAAAAACAGUGUGCGAGAGUCUUACUGGUUCCUUUGAUUCUCUGUGUAUGCUGAUACUGAUCCUAAGUGGCGAUGUGGAGCUCAACCCUGGGCCUACUGUGGAGGAACAACUUGCGGCAAUCUUAACCAAUCAGCAAAGUUUAUCGGCUGACAUAAGGUCAAUGCAAACAAAACUCGAGCUACACAUGUCUGGCACUAACGAACGUCUAACAGCAAUAGAGUCAACUAUCAAAGAAUUAUCAAAGGCUCCUCCAAAGGUAGAGCGGUGUGAGCAAAACCUAAAGCACCUAUCCGACAAAGUAACAUUUUUAACUGAGAAAGUAGACGACCUAGAAAACAGAGGAAGGCGGAAUAAUUUAAUUAUUCACGGAAUAAAAGAGGUUAAAGAUGAAAGUGCAACGGAAUUAAAAGAACUGGUGCUUCAGAGUAUUUUCGAAGAGAAGCUAGGUGUUACCGUUGCCAGUGUUGAGAGGAUACAUAGACUGGGGCGCUUGACAGAAGGUAAACCGAGGCCCGUAAUUCUGCGUCUGUACGAUUUCAACGAAAAGCUAGAUAUCCUUCGUAACGCAAGUAAACUGAAGGGGUCGCAGGUGUUCAUAUCUGAAGACUUCUCACGUAGGGUCCAGCUAGUACGAAAAGAACUCUGGAAUAGCAUAAAACAUACUCGAAAGCCAGAAGACAAAGUAUCUUUACGUUACGACAAAUUAAUAGUCAACAGCGAGGUAUAUACUUGGGACGAGUCGACACGCCAACUAAUGAAAUUAUCAAGCUCAGUUCCCACCCAACGGAAUGAAUCAUAGCUACUACCACGGAAACAUGUUGUGUCACGACCACCUGUGACGAACCUUGAGGCACUACUUAUUAACUGUCGCAGCAUAAAAAAUAAAAUUGAUGACUUUGCUGAACUUGUCGCUACGACGCAACCUAGCAUUGUAAUGGGUACGGAAUCUUGGUUAAUCGAAGAGAUAGCUGACGAAGAAAUUUUCCCUUCCAAUUAUUCUGCCUAUCGAAAGGAUAGAACUACACAUGGUGGUGGCGUUUUUUUACUGAUAGCAAACGACCUUCAGAGUUCGCAAAUAAAUGUUCCUUGUUCAUCGUGUGAAUCGGUUUGGUGUAAGAUUUAUCUAAAUUCCGGGGAAACCCUAGCUAUCGGAUCAUAUUACCGGCCCCCCAGCGCAACCCAUGAAUCACUGUUAUCCCUAUCUGAUGAGCUGUCUUCCAUCUCAAGUGAUUAUCUUGUACUUGGGGGUGACUUUAACCUGCCUGACAUAACAUGGCACGAUAAGCAAAUGUUAACUACCGGCUCUUCGAUAUUAUACACGACAUUUUCUCACUUUGUCUCAAGCUUUGGGUUGUCUCAAUACGUCACUGAACCAACCAGAGUGGACUUCAAUAGAUCAAGUACACUAGACCUCCUUCUUUGCGAUUCCAGAACAGUUGUUUCUGCAGUCACAAACCUUCCGGGCAUUAGCGAUCACGACAUAGUUACAGCAAGUAUACAGUGUAAACGUCCGCUAUCGGCUCUGCAGUCCCCACGCAGGAUUUAUUUUUACGACCAGGGCAAUUACGCUAGCCUUGCUGACGAACUUGUAGCGUUUUUUGCCAUUUUUGAAAUGCACAGCUAUGAGAUGGACGUUGAAACCCUGUGGAACAUUUUUAAAACUAAGCUUACUGCCUUAAUCGACACUUACAUCCCACACAAGCUAUUCUCUCCAAGAAAGCAAAAAAACAAACCUUGGAUAAAUGGAGAGUUACGGCAAAUUUUGAGGAAAAAGAAGCGCGCAUACUUAACUUUCCGCAGGACUUCUAUUGCCGCGUCCCUUAAUCGGUUACGCGACCUAAGUAAACUCUACAAAAUAAAACUUAAAUUAGCUAAAAAUCAAGUUCAACUUCGCGAUCACGUCUCGACCGCAAAGGACUGGUCCCUUGCCAUCCACAACCACCAGCGACGCUGGUGCGAUGACGUCUUGAAUGGCCGCUCGCAUGUGUAG